ACGACUGCGUUAUGUUUAUAUUAAGGCUGUCGAACAAAACAAAAUAGCAGCAAAAAAUACAACGACCAAGUUUUUAUUUCAUUUUACAAGAAAAAUCAAAUUGCUAAUGACGACAGUUAAAGAAAAAUCCGAGAGUGAAGGCUUCGAGUGGUCACCGGAAGAUGAGGUGCAACUGUUCUUCGCCAUGGAUGGCCUCAAACCGGUCGGAAUCAAUCGACACUUUAUCAUAGUAUGUAUAAUGGACCGGCUUUCAAAGGCACUCAACAGGGAAAUCAGCAGUGAAACUAUCUGGUCCCAUCUAAGAACAAUGUACAACCUAAAGGCACUGGACGACCUUGAGCAGCUUCCGUUCCCAAACGAGGAAAGUGAUUUUUGCCUCCCGGAAACAGAUUUCUCUUCCAUAAUGAAACGUAAAUCGAUCGAAGAAACGAGCGCAGAGGACACUAAGAAAUCAGAUCCAACUCCAAAAAUAUCCAAAGACAAAGAGCAGUCGGACAAGGAAAAGGAUAAACUAACCGAUAAGGAGAAGGAUAGCAAGUCAGCAAAGAACAAACCCGAAAUUGUUGACAAUACACCGAAACGUCCGCAGAAGCGCACCCGUGGCUCGAUGUCACUGGAGCCAAAUGUUGGCAGCCCCGCAAGUACACCACCGAAUGUACAAAGCACCAAAAGGAGACGCAUUUAAAUUGCCAUAAUAGCUGUAGAUGAAUGUUUACUUUUAUUUCACUGAAGAUCUAACUAAAUCUUACUAACAACACAAGUAUCAUACGCUAUUAUCUGUUAGAAUAGACGAGAAUGAAUAUACAUUGCGAGCACAGGGUUAGAUAUGAAAUUAUCACUAUACUGUUUAAUUGUACAGCUUUAUUUGUAUUUGAAUACUAACAAGUGCAACGAAAAU